CUGUCAAUUUCAAUUGUCAAAUAAAAUUUGUUUUGUGUAGACGUAUUGUGGAAAUGAUUUGAUUGUUUUCUAAAAUAAAUUAACAACAGUAAUGGGCAACGCGGAUACGAAAUUAAACUUUAGAAAAGCUGUUAUUCAGCUGACAUCAAAAACUCAGCCCAUCGAAGCGACUGACGAGAGUUUCUGGGAUCAGUUCUGGUCGGAGAGCGUAACCAAUGUCCAGGAUGUGUUCGCUUUGGCACCAGGGGCUGAAAUACGCGCCCUUAGAGAAGAAUCCCCUAACAACUUGGCUACGCUUGUGUACAAAGCUGUCGAGAAGAUGGUGAAAAUAGUUGACAGCAGCUGUAGGACGCAGCGUGAACAACAAACUGCUCUGAACUGUGCACGUCUGCUAACUCGUGUGCUGCCUUAUAUGCUGGAGGAGCCAGAGUGGCACAGCUUCUUCUGGUCCUCCCUGCCCGCUGCUGGAGAGAACGAAUCAGUACCCCUCGCACAGUCACUUAUCAAUGCUAUAUGUGAUCUACUAUUUUGUCCAGACUUUACAGUAGUAAGCACCAAGAGAUCUGGCCCAGAACGUGCAGAGGAGCUGUCGUCACUGGACAGCUGCGAGUACAUCUGGGCGGGCGGCGUGGGCUUCGCGCGCAGCCCGCCGCGCUGUGCGCAGCACGAGGCGGCGCGCACCGAGCUGCUGCGCCUGCUGCUCACCUGCUUCAGCGAGAGCAUCUACAAGCCCGCCGCGCAGGCCGCCUCGCACCACAACAAGUGGAUCGCGUACCUGACAAGUCCGGAGAACCGCCAUGCAUUGCCGCUAUUCACAUCGCUCCUGAACACUGUGUGCUCGUACGACCCUGUGGGGCUCGGCCUGCCUUAUAACCAUCUGCUCUUCGCAGACACUGUGGAGCCGUUAGUUGAGGUGGCACUGCAAGUUCUAAUAGUGACGCUGGACCACGACACGAGCAAUGCAGUCAGCGAGGAUACUGAUGAGAGGCUCCCUGACAACUUGUUCAUAAACUACUUGUCGCGAAUACACCGCGACGAGGACUUCCAGUUCGCGCUGCGCGGCGUGACGAGACUGCUCAACAACCCGCUGCAGCAGACCUACCUGCCCAACUCCAGCAAAAAGGUCGCGCUGCACCAGGAGCUGCUCGUUCUGUUCUGGAAGUGCUGCGACUACAACAAGAAAUUCAUGUACUAUGUGUUGAAAAGUAGUGACGUAUUGGAGGUGUUGGUGCCUAUACUGUAUCACUUGAACGACUCGCGCGCCGACCAGUCGCGCGUGGGGCUGAUGCACAUCGGCGUGUUCAUCCUGCUGCUGCUGUCGGGCGAGCGCAACUUCGGCGUGCGGCUCAACAAGCCCUACACCGCCACCGUGCCCAUGGACAUCCCCGUGUUCACGGGCACGCACGCCGACCUGCUGGUGGUGGUGUUCCACAAGAUCGUCACCACCGGCCACCAGCGCCUGCAGCCGCUGUUCGACUGCCUGCUCACCAUCCUCGUCAACGUGUCCCCGUACCUGAAGACGCUGUCGAUGGUGGCGUCGACCAAGCUGCUGCACCUGCUGGAGGCGUUCAGCACGCCGUGGUUCCUGUUCUCCAAGCCCAACCACCACCAGCUCGUGUUCUUCCUGCUGGAGAUGUUCAACAACAUGAUACAGUAUCAGUUUGAUGGUAACUCCAACCUCGUGUACACCAUAAUCCGCAAGCGCGCCGUGUUCCACAACCUCGCCAACUUGCCGCACGAGCACGCCGCCAUCGCGCGCUCGCUCGCCGCCGCCAAGGGCAAGGGGCUGCACAACACCGCGAAGGCGCUGCCGAGGUCUCGGAGCGCCGAGUCGGUGGCCGAAGCCGCCAUGGAGGGCUCCCGGCCCGCGCAGCCCGCUGAGCCUGGUACGCUCAAUGCAACAUUGCCCGACACUCCAGCUAUCGCGACGAUGACGGAGAGCGAGUCGGCGCACCCGCCGGCGCGCGAGCAGCUGCUGCCGCGGCGCUCGGGCGGCGACGGCGAGGACCGCAGCCCCGAGCGGCGCCAGGACGACGAGCCCGCGCACUCCAUAGCACACAAGGAAAGCCUGCAGGUGGGGUCGGAGGCCGACGAGUGGCGGCCCAGCGGCGAGUGGGUGUCGGCCUGGCGCGCGCGCCUGCCGCUGCAGACCAUCAUGCGGCUGCUGCAGGUGCUGGUGCCGCAGGUGGAGAAGAUCUGCAUCGACAAGGGGCUGACGGACGAGUCGGAGAUCCUGCGCUUCCUGCAGCACGGUACGCUGGUGGGGCUGCUGCCCGUGCCGCACCCCAUCCUCAUCCGCAAGUACCAGGCCAACGCCAACACGGCCGCCUGGUUCCGCACCUACAUGUGGGGCGUCAUCUACUUACGAAACGUGGACCCGCCCAUCUGGUACGACACGGACGUGAAACUGUUCGAGAUACAGCGCGUAUGAUCCUAGGAGAGUUCACCACUAGAAGGAACUUUGUACUAACUGACGGUAUUACAUUAUCAUAUUUAUAUCCGAGCGACGCUCGUUCGCUCUGUGUUCAGUGAAAAUUUCGUUAUGGCGACGAUUACUCGGGAACUCUCAAAGUGAGCUUAACUGGAAAAGCGUUAUUUUUCCCGCAUCGUAAUUUUUAUCGCUUCGUUAUUUUUACCAGAUCCUAUCGGAUUGUAAUUUUUACAAGAUUGGUACAUUUUUUUAGUGGAUCGUUGUUUUUUACGGUACAUUAUUUAUCUUUAAAUUAAUUUAUUUAUCGUAUCACACUUGUAAACGAAAAAAAAAAUUACAUUUCAAUUUUAUUUUCUAAGCUAGGGGCCAAAAUACAUUUUAGAAAGCGGAUUUUGUUAUACGAAUAGUGCAUUAUUGCUGAAAUGUAAAAUGACAGUGCUUAGUUAUGAUGAAUAGAUUUUAAAUUAUUUUUUGACUUGAUUUCUAAUGCUAGAAAGUUUACUCAUUACCACUAGUGAAUUUUUAAGAAACUUAUCAAAAUAACGCUAUGAAAUAAAAAAAUAGUGUAAUUUUGAUUCAUUAUCUAACAAUUAUUAUUAUGUAAUUAUAUAAUUUAUUUGACACAUAAUGUUACAAUAUUUUUACAUGAUAGUAGUUACUUCAAUGAUUUACUAUCUCAGAGACAGAUAAAUCUCUAAAAUAUCAUAUUUUUCUUGUUUCUAUACAUUAUGGAAAUAUGAUAAUGUAAUAUCACAAAAUAUGUCGAAUAUACAAAAACUUGUAAUACCUAAAAAAAAUAUAAUGUGUUUUAUAGUGUAAUCAUCCAAAUACAUCAAAACUGAGUGCUCGAUAACCUGCCCCCUCUAGCCAAGUGGUAUCUGUUGAUUCUCUUUCUACGAACGCUAACGCUUCAAAUUGACCAAAAAAAAAUUGUCUAUCGUUUUUUGAGGGCUACGAGGUAAACUGUGUGGGUUUACCUUCGAUUAUAUUUAACACCAAUAAAUAAAUCCUGUGUCUACUCUCUCGUCUACGUGCUCUACAUAAUUCGUCUGAGGCUACAAAAUGUUAAAAUAUAACAUUUACAUUCAGUAGUAUGUUGGAUAAAUAAAUGGAAGAAAUAAAAUAUCACGUGUCUCAAUUGGUGAAGGAAAACAUCGUGAGGAAACCUGCACACCAGGGGUUUUCUUAAUUCUCUGCGUGUGUGAAGUCUGCUAAUCCGCAUUGGGCCAGCGUGGUGGACUAUUGGCCUAACACCUCUCAUUCUGAGAUGAGACUUGAACUCAGCAGUGAGCCGUAUAUGGGUUGAUAGCGACGACGACGAGUAUGUUGGAUUAUUACACUGUUAUUUAUAAUAGUUUUAUUUUUAUUGUAACUUUUUAAUUCGUAUAAUAUGUAUCAUAGACUAAUAAUAAUAAGCAGACGGUAUCUCGCUGUCAAACACCAUAAUGGCGCUGAAUAUCUGUGCGAGUGUGACGUGUAUUGCUAGUUAUAGGAAAUUAAUGUCGGUCUGUCUUCAUACGUUCAUCUGUGUGCGUAUCGGAGACUACGUAUGUAUGCGAACUGGAAGAAUUGAGGUGCGUCACAUUUUAGUUCAGGAGACGGUGUCUGGACUUUUUAUUACGUCUAUGAUAUGUAUUCGUACAUUACCAUCACAUUUACUUAUUUUAUUUUAGAAUAGAUAUUUAAUGUAUCCUAACGGCAUUUAUUGAUUGUUAUUGUAAUAUAUUAUUUUUUAUAUUAUUAUUUUACACCUAAGAUUUUAACAUUUUUUCAAUAAUCUGUCAGUUUUACCUACGUACUAGCUUCUAUAUCUCAAUUUACCUUUCGAAUACACUUAGUAUUAGUUCUAAACAGUAUGUUUAGGGUCAUAGCACAUUGGAGCCUCGCGCACCUUAAGCUCCGCCUCUGCCUCAUGCGGGUUUUUUUGGACCUUUAUGGACUUAUGCUCAUUAUAUUACCUCUGUAUAGUCUGCGGUUUGGGGGUUUUUUUUAAUAUAGAAUGACAAGUUAGCCCUUGACUGCGAUUUAAUGUGAUUUAAUGUAAAACGGAAGCAAUCUUAUUUGGAAAAGGUACAAGUUUAUUCUACCUAUAUCAUAUAUCUCUGACGGUUAUUACGCGUCGUAACGGAACGCCAAAUCGCUUGGCGGUACGUCUUUGCCGGUAUGGUGGUAACUGGUACCUAGCCAUGGCCGAUGCCUAACACCAUACAAUAAGUCAGACGAGUGCAUAAGGCUCGAAUGAGCUAUUCACCUUUAUAAUCUUAUGUAAUAAUAGUGAGAUUUAUAACUUUAACGUUAAAAGUUGCAACUAUAAAAAAUAUUUAAUAGUAUUAUUACCUACCAGCUAAGUUUUUAGACGACAAAUUAUGUGAUAGGUUUUCUUACCAUUAAAGAUAGCGAGAUAUGUUCUUCCAUUGAUUUAGAAAUUUCGAUAAAUGCAUAAUUAGUGACUCUUAAAAAAAUAGUGUUUGUUGCCUAAAAAAACAACCAAAACGAUUUUUUUUUGUAUGUAAUAACUGUAUGAAAACAUUUAUUUAAAAACAUAUUUAACAAUAACGGCUUGUUUUAAAUUGUUAAAAUCAUUGACCUCUUAUAAUAAAAGGACGCACAAUCAUGUAGAAAAUAUCGCUUAAAACUGGCCAAUUUUGUUUUGACAGUUUUAGAAUUAUUGUUAAAGAAAAUUAUACCUAAAGGCCUUUAAAUAUUUAAUAAAAUUCCAAGAGCAAAUUCAACCUUAUAGAUUGAGUUUAAGGUUGAAUUUGCAAAAGCGACUACUUGAAUUUAGUGCUAAGAAGUUGUGUUUGGCACUCAUUGAGUGGGGACGUUUUUUGGUCGUUGAUUGUGCAUCCACUUUUUAAUAGGAGAUCGAUGGUUACAAUCGACAUAUAUACCAGCCUAAAUACCUCGUCAUUGACUUCGCACCGACAAUAUAGAAUAUAGUCUAUGAAUCGAUAGAUCAAAUCUUGGAUUUAAUUUAUUAAUCUAUAUAGUUUUAAAAAUCAAUCUUUUAUUUGUGAUAUUUUAUAAUAUGUUCCGGAAAUCUGUUUUUCAUAAUAUUUUAAUUGAGAUAAUUUAUUUUUAAUUUUAAUAAUGUAUUCUUAUGAUAUCAACGCUUUUUUAUUCUAAAAUAUCUGUAUUUAAAUGACUACUAGUCAAAAUAUUAUGAUUUUCAUGUUUUUAUUAUGUUAUACCUACAUUGUGUUGUUUUUAAUUUUAGUAGUUGGACGUGACGUGACGUGUGAAACUUGUAUGGUUUAUUGUUCAUAGUAUAUUAUGUAAAAAAUAGGUUGAGGAAUGCAGAAAACUCCAGAUGUGAUCGCGCAUAGAAAUUAAGCCGUGAAAUUACCCCUUUUUGGUAUAGUUUCACAAACAAGCGAUUUGUUACUCUGUGUACGACGUGUUGUGUGACAUGCUUUAAAAUGACGGCAGAACGUGACUUGUGGACUGUGGUGUGUAUAUAUAAUACAAUAAAAAGAACAUUCAACCAACCUGAAGGAAAUAUUAUCCGGCUCGAAGGACCAAAUUAUGUUCCGUAAAAGACUUUGCUGCCGUGAGCGUUCUUUUUAUUGUAUCAGUAAGGAACAUGGUGUUUUCUGUAUUUUUAUGUUACAUGUAAUUUUCAUAAUAAUCGUGCCUGAAGAGUGUCGCCUUAUAUAGAAAAAAAUAAAAUCAAAAUAUAACUAAACAAUCAUUGCCCUGAAGAAGUCGUUUGCGUUUGCUUGAAAGUCUGUCCACGACUUAAUGUUUUUUUUUCUAAAUAUUAUGUUUGACUGUGACUAAUAAUUCUCCAACUAAGCCAAUAGCUUUGAUUACUUACUUGUGACACAAGCUCGACAAUAUUCUAACCGGCGGGAUUCGAACUCAUAACCUUUCGGAUUUCUUAACCGUUGCUAGCUAUUGAGGCUACUAAAGAAUUGCGUUAUCAUGUCUGGUCUGUCUGUUUUUAUAUAGGUACUCUUUGAAUAUUUAGUGCACAGACCUAAGAAUAGCAUAUAAAAAAAUUGUUCUUUUUUUAUUUAAUUUCUGCUCUACGGGUAUAGUAAAUGUUACCAGCCUUAAAAAUACUUUCCCAUAAAAGGGAAAUUGCAAAGCAUUUACGUUUUUAUCAAUGCAGACAUUCCAAUUUUCUCUAUGCCCUGUAAAUAUUGGCUAUGCCCUGUAGUCACAUUUCUUAAAAUUCAGUUAAAUGUAAAUGCACUUUUUGUUUUAUUGUAAUUUGUAGCUAGAUUAAUUAAUUUAUUUAAUAAAUAAUUAUUAUUAUCAUUGAUGUACUUAAUGUUAUAGAAAAUACAUGGAAACAAUGAUGAGCUUGA